AGUGUGGAUCAGUCAGGGGGGAGAGUGUCCUGUAGGGCAGGAGGAGGCUGAUGUCAGCAAGUUUCCACUGACUGUUGUCUCUGUGAAGACUGAAGAGCAUGAAGACAAACCACCUGAGUCCUCACAGCUUCAUCACAGUCCAAACGUCUGUGAAGAACAUCUUCUCUCUGAGCAACAGAAGUGGAGCUUCAGGAUGGGCAAGGAGGAGCCACAGCCCUUCCACAUUAAGGAGGAAGAGAAGGCGCCACAUACAUUGCAAAUGCAAAGGGAAGAAAAUAACCCACUGACCCCGCAUUUUAAAGAGGAAGAGGAGGAACACAGCAUCAGUCAAGAAUGGUUGGAGAAGUUCCAUUUGAUUGUGAAGAGUGAAGAUGAUGAGGUGAAAGGUGAAAGUGAGGAGAGGGGAGGGGGGGAGCCUCCAAGCAGCAGCUCAACACAACACAUGACAACAGAAGCUGAUGGAGACCACUGUGGAGGAUCACAAGCAGACAAGCUCUUAGCUCCACUAUCAGAUAGUGAGGACACAACGUCACACUCUCCUGACACUGAUGAUGAAGACUCUAAAGAUGAUAAGACAUGUCACACGGACAACACUCACUUCGCAUGUUCUCACUGUCACAAAACUUUUAAGUACCAUUGUCGUCUGGUAAGACACAUGAGAACACACACUGGAGAAAAAACCUUUUUCAUGUUCAAUCUGUCGUAAAUGUUUUACUUUAAAGCACAAUUUCAAAGUACACAUGAGAAUACAUACUGGAGAACAACCUUUUUCCUGCUCAGUAUGUGGUAAAAGAUUUGUAUUAAAUCAAAGUUUAAAACUACACAUGUCAACACACACUGGAGAAAAACCUUUUUCAUGUUCAAUUUGCGGUAAAGAUUUUACUCAAAAGCACAAUUUUAAAGCACACAUGAGAACACACACGGGAGAGAAACAUUUUUCCUGCCCAGAAUGUGGUAAAAGUUAUGUCAUAAAUCGAAGUUUAAAAGUACACAUGAGAAGACACCCAGGUGAGAAAGUGUUGAGUUGCAGUGUGUGUGGUGAAAGAUUGUCUUCUAAGUACCAGUGUAAGAAACACAAGUGUGCUGGUGAGAACAGCAGCAGCAAAUGAAACUGCAGGAUUUGAAAUAAACUGUCCAGACUUUAAGUUUAAGUAACAUCAGCACAAGUAACAUGUGUGACAUAAUAAUUUGGAACAACAUAUGCUGCCAUUUAAGCGCCAUCUUUUUCAUGGACACCCCUGUUUAUUUCAGCAAGACAAUGCCAAGCCACAUUCAACAUAUGUUACAACAGCGUGGCUUCGUAAAACAAAGAGUGCGGGUACUUUCCUGGCCUACCUGCAGUCCAGACCUGUCUCCCAUGGAAAAUGUGUGGCGCAUUAUGAAGCGUAAAAUACAACAGCGGAGACCCUGGACUGUUGAACGACUCAAACUCUACAUAAAACAAGAAUGGGAAAGAAUUCCACUUUCAAAGCUUCAACAAUUAGUUUCCUCAGUUCCUUAACGUUUAUUGAGUGUUGUUAAAAGAAAAGGUGAUGUAACACAGUGGUGAACAUGCCCUUUCCCAACUACUUUGGCACGUGUUGCAGCCAUGAAAUUUUAAGUUAAUUAUCUUCAAAAAAAUAAUAAAAAUUAUGAGUUUGAACAUCAAA